CCUCAUCCCACCUCCCACCCACAGCACACGAGUCAAACUCGCCGGAGAAGAAGCAAAACCCGCCGGAGAUGUCGGGCCGCGGCAAGGGAGGCAAGGGGCUGGGCAAGGUCGGCGCCAAGCGCCGCCGGAAGGUGCUCCUGGACAACAUCCAGGGCAUCACCAAGCCGGCCAUCCGCCGCCUGGCGCGCCGCGGCGGCGUCAAGCGCUUCUCGGGCCUCAUCUACGACUACGAGGAGACCCGCGGCGUGCUCAAGGUCUUCUUCGAGAACCUCGAGAACCUCAUCCGCGACGCCGUCACCUACACCGAGCACGCAGGACGCAAGACAGUCACCACCAUGGCCGUCGUCCACGCGCUCAAGCGGCAGGGACUCACCAUGUACGGAUUCGGCGGCUAGGCGGUCAGAGUUUAGAAGCUAGGCCGCAUCUGUUUAGGGUUCAUGGUCUGCUGUUUAGGGUUCCUUGGUCUGUUGUCGAGUACUAGUUGCAGCGUCUCGCUGUUGUUCGCUCUUGGGUGACUGUUGAUUUGGUAGAAUGGAAUGCAAAUUUCACUAGUUUACCCUCUACUGCAAUCUCUUACAUCUGUUCAUAUGAGUAUGCAUGAUGUUGGGCUUCCAUGUUU